CACAAUCAAAUGCUUACUCACGACUCUUUGCCCCUCUAUGCAUUAUAACCUCCACCUACCACGGUAUCUGGCUCCAAUUUACCCUUGUGUAAUACUACUUUUGGGUUCGGAUUCCCGAAAAUGGACUGAUAGGACUUUUGGGAAAACGACCGAUCAGCAGACUGAGUAGAGCAGUGACCGAAGAUGAGGAGCAAUAUCUUCUUUGCAUUAUUCCUGAUUAUUUGGGAGAUCUGGCUCCAAGGCUUCGGCUGUAGUGGGGAACCAGAGCCCGGCACAGGAAAGUCGCCAGGGCUCAAAGCUCCCCAUGUCAUCUUCGUCAUGGUGGAUGACCAAGGUUAUGGUGACAUCGGCUACCAUGGCUCAGAUAUUCACACUCCUGCACUCGAUCAGCUGGCAGCGGAAGGGGUCAAACUUGAAAAUUAUUACGUCCAACCAAUCUGCUCACCCUCUCGCAGCCAGCUCAUGACAGGACGCUACCAAAUUCACACCGGGCUCCAGCAUUCAAUCAUCCGGCCACGUCAACCUUUAUGCCUUCCCCCAGACAUCCCCACCCUACCCGAGAGCCUGACCAAGGCAGGUUACGCCACUCAUAUGGUGGGCAAAUGGCACUUGGGCUUCUGCAGGCCCGGAUGCUUACCCACGGGACGAGGCUUCCAAAGCUUCCUCGGGACGCUCACCGGCAGCGGGGAUCACUUUUCCUACCAGAGCUGUGACGGGGCGGAAGCUUGCGGAUUUGAUCUGCAUGAAGGAGACAGGCCUGCAUGGGAGCUGGCUGGCAAUUACUCAACUUCACUUUACAUUGACAGAGUGAAGCAGAUUCUGAGGAGCCAUGACCCUCAGAUACCCCUUUUCCUCUAUUUGUCCCUUCAGGCUGCACACACACCUUUGCAGGUACCGGACCACUUCCUGCACCCAUACAGUUCUCAGGGUAAUCGUGUCAGGCGUCACUAUGCAGCCAUGUUGAGCUGCUUGGAUGAUGGGGUCAGCCAAGUGGUUCAAGAGCUGAAAUCUAGCGGACUCUAUAAUAACUCAAUUCUAAUCUAUUCCUCUGAUAAUGGCGGGCAGCCACUGUCCGGGGGCAGCAACUGGCCACUAAGAGGUGGCAAAGGGACUUACUGGGAAGGUGGCAUCCGAGCAGUGGGCUUUGUCCACAGCCCCAUCCUGAAGAGGAAGGGUGUCAUUAGCAAAGCUCUGAUCCACGUCUCUGACUGGUAUCCCACUUUAUUGGCGCUGUCUGGGACCGAACAAUCCCUCCAUGGUCUGGAUGGCCAUGAUGUGUGGGGUACCAUUAGCGAGGGUUUACCAUCUCCUCGCACUGAAAUCCUUUUUAACAUCGACCCAGUCUCCAGGAAGCCCGGGGAGCCCUAUGACAAGGCUUUGGUGCUUAACGGCUUUGGCAUCUGGGACACAGCAGUGAGGGCAGCCAUUCGUGCUGGCGAUUGGAAGCUUUUGACCGGAAACGUGGGUGAUGGCGACUGGACUCCACCGCAAGCCUUCGCAGACGGUUCAGAGAGGUGGCAAAAACUGGAAAAGAGGCGUAACAAGGUGGGGAAGUCGGUUUGGCUGUUUAACAUCUCAUCUGACCCUUACGAGAGGUCAGAUAUGGCCAAAGCUCGUCCUGAGAUAGUCAAGCAUCUUCUCACCAGGCUGGCAGAGUACAACCAGACUGCUGUGAUGGCAAACAAUCCCCCGGACGACCCUUUGGCAGACCCUGAGCUGCACGGUGGUGUAUGGGGCCCCUGGAUAGGCCUUGAAGGCCAAGAGCAUGAUGACGGGGAGUGGGGUCUCAGGAAAGAAAGAGUGACAAAAGUGAAGCAGUGCAAGUUAUGCAAAUUGAGAGCCCUUUUUAAAAAGGUGGAGUCACGUCUGCAGAAGAAUGCUGUAUUCUUCUGAGUGCUGUGGCGAGGAUUGUGGUAGGAUGAAGAAGCACACAUUUUAAAUGACCCAGUCAUUUGAGGGGAGCUUAAGGGGUCUAUACCAACCCCUUAUUUGAUUAAUUGACCGAAACAGUGGAAUGUCCGGCGCUCACUAGAGAUCAAGGUUAGCAGAUAAACAAGGAACGCAUUUAUUAUUUUGUAGUCAAGAAAGAUGACAGAAUGCUUCCCUCUAGCCCUCUCAGGAUGAGAGAAAGACACCCCCAGGUGUAGCUAUUGUCACCCUAUUUUCCAUAGGCGUACAUUUGAUCAAAUCACAGUUGUCUGAACUAUAACAACCAUGCAAGGUCCACUCCCUGUUACAGUGACAAGCAGACAACCUCUAAAGCCGCUUCGAUAUUUCUCAUGGCGUCAUCAGCGAUCCCAUACAUGACACCGUACCAGCAGAACCACGAGAUACCUUCCCGAGUGUAGUUUGAUAAUGAAUAUUCAGCUGUCCUCAUUUGCUUUUUCAUUCCCCCUCUGGUCAACUCCCCCACACUCCCCCAUCGCCCUCCCCCAGCAAACCUCUCCCUUGUGUUUCACUUUUUCUUAUUUUCUUCUCUGCUCCUACUCACUUCGGGUUCUGUACAAAGCGCCAUGAUGCACAGUUUGAUAAUAGAAGAGAGAAGUGAUACGUUCAUCUGUAUAGGUAUACUGUACAUGAUUGCAAUAAAGUAACUUUGAA